CGACACGCGCCUAAACACCUUGACUACCAACCACCAUCAUCCCGACUUUUCCAAGGAACAACGGAAAACCGAUAUGUCUGCUGUAGGUGACGAUCCUGAGGCCCAGGACGCUUUAUUCUCUGUUCCUGACUCGGAGGCAAAAUCCAGUGUUCCAGCUGAGCUGGAACGAGCAACAUUUCGCCUGGGCUUCCCGCCUUCCUACGUGAUUGUGGGCGUCUAUCGUCUUUUUACGGAUAAGGCGCUCUAUCAGCCCGUAUGGGCAAAGUGCAAGCAUGGUACGCAGAGAGGAGUCAUUGCAAGCCUAAUAUGGAGUGCCUUGACUUUUGGCAUCCAAAGAAAAUUUGUUCGAUAUUUCAUGGCUAACUCACCUCGUGUAACCGGAUUGUCGGGAGACACGCUAUUCGGAUAUCAAAUACCUUUCAGUCUUUACACUUAUGCAACUGCAGUCCUGAUGGUGUCACAAGUGACGUUUAUCAUACGCUUCUUCCUUUCUCGUAACAUGCAUAUUGCUCGAGACCGUGCCUGGGAACAAACUGUCGCUUCUCGAGGGAAGGGUCCUGACUUCUGGCGGCCGUAUGUUGAAGAAUGGACGAAUCCUCCUGUGGUCAAGAAAACAUCCUUCAUACAGCGCAGGCUCAAUGGAGGGCUCGGCGCUAUGGUUGUUAAGCUCAUGCUCCUACCCUUUGACCUGGUUCCGCCCGUCGGAAUCGUCAUCGCUGCGUGGUUCAAAGGUCUAAGGACUGCUCGAAUUCUCCACAGGCGGUACUUCGAAGCCAAAAAAAUGACUCCCGAAGAGAUCGCUAUUUUCAUGGAGGAAAGAAAGUGGGACUACAGAAUCUUUGGGUUUACUGCAGCCAUACUUGAGGGUCUGCCUAUUAUCGGCCUUGUCUUUACCAUCUCAAAUAGGGUCGGGGCGGCGAUGUGGGCUCAUGAUUUGGAGAAGCGGCAGCAUUUCUAUGCGUCGAAAAAAGAAACAUAGAAAUGAGCCUUCACACCUUCGCACGAACUGUGUAUUAACAACAGAGAAAUCUUCAUUUCGAAGCUGCUUGAAUAUCUGAAGUUCUAGUCUGUGUUAGAGGUAGGUGUGAAGAAGGUGGACGUCUUGAUAGGUUUUUCGUUCUGGAAACAUAC